AGAAAUGCACUGAAAUGGGACAAAGACAAUCUUCAAAUCUUGAGAGAUCUUUCUCUGCUACAGAUUCAAAUGAGGGAUCUUGAAGGUUACAGGGAAACAAGAUACCAGUUGCUUCAGCUCCGACCUGCACAGCGAGCAUCGUGGAUUGGUUAUGCUAUUGCUUACCAUCUGCUGGAAGACUAUGAAAUGGCAGCUAAAAUUUUAGAGGAAUUUAGGAAGACACAGCAGACAUCACCUGAUAAAGUGGACUAUGAGUACAGCGAAUUGCUGCUGUAUCAAAAUCAAGUCCUCCGGGAGGCAGGGCUAUAUAAAGAAGCCUUGGAGCAUCUUUGUACCUAUGAAAAGCAGAUCUGUGAUAAACUGGCUGUUGAAGAAACGAAAGGAGAACUCCUGCUUCAGCUUGGCAGACUUGAAGAAGCAGUUGAAGUCUACAAAGGGCUGCAAGAAAGAAAUCCUGAAAACUGGGCUUACUACAAAGGCCUAGAAAAGGCACUUAAACCAGCUAAUAUGAUGGAGAGGCUAAAGAUCUAUGAAGAAGCCUGGGCUAAAUACCCAAGGGGACUAGUUCCAAGAAGAUUACCAUUAAACUUUUUGUCGGGUGAAAAAUUUAAGGAAUGUCUGGACAAGUUUCUAAGGAUGAAUUUCAGCAAAGGUUGCCCACCGGUCUUCAAUACUUUGAGGUCAUUAUAUAAAGACAAGGAGAAGGUGGCAAUCAUAGAAGAGCUCGUGAUAGGUUAUGAAACCUCUCUAAGAAGCUGCAGGUUGUUUAACCCAAAUGAUGACGGUAAAGAAGAACCUCCAACCACUUUACUCUGGGUCCAAUACUAUUUAGCUCAACAUUAUGAUAAAAUUGGACAGCCAUCCCUGGCUCUAGAAUAUAUAAAUGCUGCUAUAGAAAGUACUCCCACUCUGAUAGAACUCUUCCUCGUGAAGGCAAAAAUCUUUAAGCAUGCUGGAAAUAUUAAAGAAGCUGCAAGGUGGAUGGAUGAGGCUCAGGCUUUGGACACAGCAGACAGAUUUAUCAACUCCAAAUGUGCAAAAUAUAUGUUGAAAGCAAACUCCAUUAAAGAAGCAGAAGAAAUGUGUUCUAAGUUUACAAGGGAAGGCACCUCAGCAGUAGAGAACUUGAAUGAAAUGCAGUGCAUGUGGUUUCAGACAGAAUGUGCACAAGCUUACAAAGCAAUGAACAAAUUUGGAGAAGCACUUAAGAAAUGCCAUGAAAUUGAGAGACAUUUUGUAGAAAUCACGGAUGACCAGUUUGACUUUCACACUUACUGUAUGAGGAAGAUUACCCUUAGGUCUUAUGUGGACUUGUUAAAACUAGAAGAUGUGCUUCGACAACAUCCGUUCUACUUCAAAGCAGCACGAAUUGCCAUAGAGAUAUAUUUGAAACUUCAUGAUAAUCCCUUAACAGAUGAAAAUAAAGAACAUGAGACUGAUACAGCAAAUAUGUCUGACAAGGAGCUAAAGAAGCUACGAAAUAAGCAGAGAAGAGCGCAGAAGAAAGCACAGCUGGAGGAGGAGAAGAAGAAUGCUGAGAAAGAAAAGCAGCAAAGGAAUCAGAAAAAGAAAAAAGAUGAUGAUGAUGAAGAAAUUGGAGGACCGAAAGAAGAACUUAUCCCUGAGAAGUUGGCAAAGGUUGAAGCACCUUUGGAAGAAGCCAUUAAAUUUUUAACACCCCUGAAAAAUUUAGUGAAGAACAAGAUAGAGACGCAUCUUUUUGCCUUUGAGAUUUAUUUUCGAAAAGAGAAGUUCCUUCUGAUGCUUCAAUCUGUGAAGAGAGCCUUUGCUAUUGAUUCUAGUCAUCCUUGGCUUCAUGAGUGUAUGAUUCAUCUCUUCAGCAGUGUAUCUGAAAGUAAGGAUCUGCCUGAUGCAGUUAGAACAGUGUUAAACCAAGAAAUGAAUCGGCUUUUUGGAGCAACUAAUCCAAAGAACUUCAAUGAAGCUUUCCUUAAAAAGAACUAUGACUCACUACCACAUAGAUUAUCAGCUGCCAAAAUGAUGUACUAUUUAGAUCCUUCCAGUCAGAAAAGGGCAGUGGAGCUGGCAAUGGCCCUGGAUGAAACCCUCAUUAACAGAAAUCUUCAGACUUGUAUGGAGAUCACAGUUAACGGAGAUAGUUCUGCAGAACCUGAAGAACUGGCCAAUGAAAUAUGAACAACUUUAUUGGAAAAAAAAAUUACAUUGGACCAUAUCUGGUGUAUAAUAUUUUUGUCACGCACCUGCUGAAUUGUUCUAACUUACACAGAGAACAGAAGGAAAAAAAAAAGUUGCCUUCAAAUAGUUUUACUUUUUUUUUUUUUUAUCCUGCUGACAAAGAAUAUAUAUAAAAUAUCUAACAUAUUACUGGAUAUAGGUUGUUCGGUUUCUUAAAAAUUAAAAGCUGCUGAAAUUGAAGAAAAAAACCCCUUCUCCUUACCUACCCAUGUUUUUAAACUAAUUUAUAUGAAAUCUGGAGGUGUACAGCCCUCAGAGCAGGUGUGUGGCAGAAAUAUUACUUUAAAUUUGUCUUGUGAGAUUACUGUUAUCUCAGACAGCAAAAACGCUGUUUUAGCACUGGAUUCUUUCACUGAGCACAAAGAGUUGUUGGGGCUUUAGCAUCUGACUGAUUUUGAUACGGGGAUGAUUCUGUCCAUAGGAAGAAGUACACAAUGUGAAUCAGAACAUACAGAGAAACCCGCAACAUACGUGUUGUGUUGUGGAUGCUGGGACAUACGGAUAUCAAGCAGAAUUAAGAAACAUAGUGUGUUCAAUAAGCUUGUUGUGUCUCUGAAGCUCACUGUACAGGAUCAGUUUGGUGUUCUUGCACCACAGUUUUUAACUGAAGGAACCAGUUAAAACUCUCUCUUUGAAUUAAACCUGGGGGGCGGGGUGGGGAGAAUCAACAUUGCUGUUCUUGAGAUGAACCUAUCAGCGUAGGUUGGCCAAACUUUUCAAAACUGUAAUGCAAGAACCAAAUAAAAUUAUGCACUGUGAUGUGGCACCAACUAAUUAGAUAGCAUGUAUUUUUCACGUAGAGUGAAAACAGAAUGAGAACAUACUAUGGCUUGAAGUUGCAAAGAGAAGAACUCCUGACUACCAUUUUGACUGAUCAAGAGACUAAUAGUUUAAAACCUCAGCAGGCCUUGUUCACGUUAUGCAGAAAAAAUAAAAAAAAGUGCUGCAGUUUAGAUACCUCUGGAACUUUUCCACAGUGUCACAGGUUUGUAAUACUUGAAGCCCUACAUUUCUAAGAAUAUAUUUCUUGCUCAGUUGUUUCAGGCAAGCCCAAGACUUUGUAAUGUUUAAGGGGCCCAAGAUUUUUUUUCAAUAACAGACCAGCUUCUUAUUCCUGCAGUUACAGAUGUAAUUUCCUUUGUCGAACAUAAGGUACCAAAUAUAAUGCAAUAAAACGUUUUGAAAAACAA